AUGGCUAACUCCAUUAUGGCUUCCUCCAAACCCUUAAUCUUCCUCUCCUCAAACCAACCAAACCGCAUCGUCCAAAUCCCCAAAUUCUCCAAACUCCCCCAAAUCCCUAAACCCCUCUCUUCCUCUUCCUCCGAUCUCCGUACCCAAGCUCUGUCCUUCUCCUCCGCCACCGUCAAAUCCUUAGCCCUAAUCGCCGCUUUCGCUCCUCCGUCGAUGGCUGAAGCCAUGGAGAAAGCCCAGCUCUUCGAUUUCAACCUGACGCUUCCGAUCAUCGUCGUUGAGUUUCUCUUCUUAAUGUUCGCACUCGACAAAGUCUAUUACUCUCCGCUCGGGAAUUUCAUGGAUCAGAGAGAUGCUUCCAUUAAAGAGAAGCUCGCGAGUGUUAAAGACACUUCCGCGGAGGUUAAGGAGCUCGAUGAAAAAGCAGCCGCUGUUAUGAGAGCUGCUAGGGCUGAGAUCGCUGCCGCGCUUAACAAGAUGAAGAAGGAGACGCAGGAAGCUCUUGCGAGUUUGGAGAAGCAGAAGGAAGAAACCAUUAGAGCUCUUGAUUCUCAGAUUUCUGCUCUUAGUGAAGACAUUGUUAAGAAGGUUCUUCCUUCUUGA